AUGGUUUAUGCCCUGCUAUCAGAAAAAACAAAAAAGAAUUAUAAUGACAUGUUCCAAGCUCUUAUCGAUUUGAGACCGAAUCUCGAUCCAGUUAAUGUGAAACUGGACUUUGAACAAGCAGCAAUUGGUAGCAUUCGAACGAAAUUUCCACACGCGAAUAUUAGUGGGUGUUUCUUUCAUCUGUGUCAAUCUGUUUACCGAGCCGUCGGACGUUUCGGAUUGAAAACAGAUUAUUCAGAUGACCCACUUCUCGCUCAACAAAUUCGAGCUCUUCCUGCUUUGGCAUUGUUACAUGCAGACGAAGUUAUCGAUACAUUUGAAGAAUUAAAACAACAAUUUCCAGUCAACGGAAAACCCGUCUUGGCAUAUUUCGAAGAAACGUAUAUCGGUGAAAAAAAUCGAGCAAGCCGACUGCGGAAAAACCCUCUAUUCGAUGUGAAGCUUUGGAACGUUCAUGAAAGCACCGUACAAGGUGCUCAUCGAACGAACAAAGUGAUCGAAGGAUGGAACAAUCGCUUUGCAUCACUAGUGGAUUGUGCACAUCCGAACAUUUGGAAGUUUCUGCGACUGCUGAAAAAAGAACAGUCGAUGGUCGAAGCCGAAUUAAUCCAAGCCGAAACCGGAGUUCGACGACCGAAACGUUUGGUGACAGAGCGUCAACAAAAAAGAAUCAUGAACAUUUUGGAUGAACAGUCGACAACAAAUUUGGAUAAAGUACUUGCACUAGCCAAUAAUAUUUCACUCAAGUCAGCCUAA